AUGGUUGGAAGGACACCUACCGAAGCUUUGGCUUUAGCUGGUAUGAUCACUGCUAGCCUCGUGACCGCUGACAUCCCGAUUGUCGUGUUUCACGACGCCACCUACUCGCUACCUGAAUCGUAUGGCGUACCAUGUUCUGGUGUGGAAGCGGAACCUGUGGGCACCGCCUGCCCCAAGGCUGGCGAUGUCGCUGUCACGGACUGCCAACCAUACCUACUGUCCUACAACGGUGCAGUGUGCGUCGCUCCGGUGGAUGCCGAAUGUGUACGCGGGCAUGACGACGUGUGGAGCUGUGAGUUUCCAAAGACGGGUUACACUUCUGCUAUCGAGGCAGAGACCAUCGCGGCCUACGUUGGAGAUGCAUUGGGUUGGGACAUGGAGCAUAAGGAGCCACAAGGUACCAACCAAGAGAAGGUCAGUAAGACAGCGAUUGAGUAUCCAGCUAAUACUCGCAAGCUGUCUGCUACGGGCCAGGAGAACCUGGUAGCCGAUACCGACGCCGACGAAGUACCUGAAACUGGAACCGUCAAACCUUGCCACCAGACAGAACCACCAACCGAAUCUACCACUAUUGCACCGACAGAGGUACCGUGUGACCCGACAGACGCACCAACGGAGUCUACCACGUUUGAACCGACCGAGAUCCCAUGCGAACCAACAGACGCACCAACGGAGUCUACCACGUUUGAACCCACUGAGGGCCCAUACGAACCGACGGACGCACCAACGGAGUCUACCACGUUUGAACCGACUGAUUCGCCAACUGACUCUCCUACUGAUGCGCCCACCGACGCCCCAACUGACACGCCCACCGAUGCUCCUACGGACGCGCCCACCGAUGCUCCUACUGAGGCGCCUACCGAUGCACCCACCGAUGCCCCCACCGAUGCUCCAACUGACGCGCCGACUGAUACUCCAACUGAUGCGCCCACCGAUGAGCCGACCGUCGCGCCGACUGACGAGCCCACUGGUGAGCCGACCGACGAACCUUCAACACCCUGCGACAACCAAGGUAUUAACGGUAUUGGAGUGGAGAACAAGGUGCGCUACAACAACGCCGGCAUCUACAGCACGACGCCUGGUCCCCGUAAUGCUCAAUCCUGGCACUCAUGCUGCGUCUCUUGCUACAAUGAUAUCAACUGCCACGCUUUCAGUUUCCAGCAAACCAGUUCAGACUCUGUAUGCGAGCUGACGACGUCGACUUCGAACAGGGAAGAGGAUCAGCAGAACUGGCAGGCAGGCAACAUGGGCCGUGACGGCUAA